ACGAGCCACUAAUACGAUAUUCGUUGCGGUGAGUGCGGCGCGUGUACACGCACGCGAUUCCGCGGGACUAGUUGGCCGGAUUCGCGUCUCCUCCGCCGCCUCCGUUCGUCGUCGCGCGUAUGUGAACCGAGCGCUCGCGCUCGCGCGAGUGAGAGUGAGUGCGUGAUAUACGGUGGGGCCACACUCGCGCCCGCGGCGGCGGCCAUAACACCGACCGACCGACCGACCGACCAAACUAAGUGAGCGAGGGAGAAAGCGUAGUGCAAGUAUCUGCGAGGCGAGGCGUAGUGGUAGUGUUUUUGGAUUGAGAGAGUACCCCCUGGUUGGACGAGCGGACUGCUAACGCAGAUGUUGCUAAUGUUACGAGUCUUGACUGGAGGUACGGAGUGUCGCUGCAGUAUACAAGGCUGACACUCGAAGUACUACCAUUCGGUAGGCUUGAGUAGUGUUAUGCCUCCUCGGCACCAAUCUUCCUGGUUGCAGCGUGAUUGCCUUGGCGAGCGAUUAAUGAGCUACCGCGCUCGAUUCCGAAUCUAUACUCGGCAUCUCAAUUGUUGAUGAAGCCUCAUAGCGUCAAGCGUCAACGUAAGGCAGUUACCUGCUGCAUAGCAUUUAUGUAUCAUAUUUGUCGGAAAGUCCUGAAGUCAGAAUGCAGCAGGUGGACAACAUCUCGCAGAACAAUUCCUUAGAUGUGGAGGAGCGAGAAAGGCUGUGUAAUAUACCGAAGACGAGCGCACCUGGUAAGGCCUCGACUACACCAGCGAGUCCUCCGAAGGAACCGCCUCCGCGCGAUGAACCACGCUUGGAACCUGUGAACGGCAUUGUUCAACCGCCGGUAUUUCCACCGCCGAAUCGUCCAGGACGUAUCACGAAUCAACUGCAAUUUUUACUGAAAGGUGUUUUGAAGCCAGUAUGGAAGCAUCAAUUUGCCUGGCCCUUCCAACAACCUGUAGACGCCAAGAAGCUCAAUUUGCCAGACUAUCACAAAAUUAUCGAAAGACCUAUGGACUUGGGCACAAUCAAAAAGAGAUUGGAGAAUACCUAUUAUUGGAGUGGGAAGGAGUGUAUCCAAGAUUUCAAUACUAUGUUCACCAACUGCUAUGUCUACAACAAACCUGGAGAGGAUGUUGUAGUCAUGGCACAAGCUCUCGAAAAAUUAUUUCUUACAAAGGUUGCACAAAUGCCAAAAGAAGAGGUGGAGUUGGAUCCACCAUUGCCGAAAGGACCCAAGGGUAAAAAAGCUGGAAGAGUCAGUGUUUCAGCAGGUGGAGUUGCAGGAGGUACAGGUCGAGGACGACCUGCUUCAGGUGCAGCUGCCGUUACUUCUAGCGUACCUAACAGUCUAGCGCCUUCCGCUACGGCGGCUAGAACAACGGGUGUCAUACCUAUGCCACCUCUUGGCACCCAAGCACCAGUGUCUGUACCUGGAAGUACAAACACAACCACCAUCGCUCCACCAGCAAGCAUGGGCGUCGCGCCAAUGGCUACUCACAAUUCUCUGCCUCAACAAGUCGUCCCUCCGACCACAGGUUACCAUGCACAGCCAGCAAUGGAUCCGCAAGCAGCUUCAGCUGUACUCCCACCUCCUCAAGUUCCCACGGCACCUGCUGUCAUGCCUCCGUCGCAACCUGCCAAACUUAAAAAGGGAGUGAAAAGAAAGGCUGAUACCACGACACCUACAGCAAAUUCAUUUGAACCUAUGUAUGCACCCAUGGAUUCUAAGAACGCCAAAAUACCUACAAGAAGGGAGUCUGGCAGGCAAAUUAAGAAGCCAACAAGGCAAGCAGAAGAUGGUUUAGUGCCAUUCCAUCAGACCAAUAUGCCUCUGAUGGGGGCAAUGGCACAGCAGCCUCAACAUGCUGGUGGAAAAUCAAAGGAAAAAUUGUCAGAACCACUAAAAUGCUGUAAUGACAUCUUGAAAGAACUUUUCUCCAAAAAGCAUUCGGGUUACGCCUGGCCGUUCUAUAAGCCGGUUGAUGCAGAACUUCUAGGCCUGCAUGACUAUCAUGAGAUUAUCAAAAAACCUAUGGAUCUUGGUACUGUAAAGUCUAAAAUGGACAACCGUGAAUACAAAACUGCACAAGAAUUUGCAAGUGACGUCCGGCUUAUAUUCACCAAUUGUUACAAAUAUAAUCCACCAGAUCAUGAUGUCGUCUCGAUGGCUAGGAAACUUCAAGAUAUAUUUGAGAUGAGAUAUGCGAAAAUUCCGGACGAACCAAUGGGUGGCAUGGUACCUAUGAAAGGUACUAGUAGUAGUGCCAGUAGUUCCGGUGAAGAAGAUUCGUCCGAUAGCGACGAUUCUGGCGAGGAACAACGCACUCAAAAGUUGCUCGCUUUACAGCAAGAGCUAAAAGCCAUGCAAGAACAAAUGAGGAAAUUGGUGGAAGAGAGUGGUAAAAAGAAAAGUAAAAAGAAGAAACCUGAUAAGACCAAAUCAAAGCCCAUGAGCAAUAAGAGUAGUAGCCUUGUUGCCAGUCAUACUGGUGCCAUGAAAGAACUGAUGAAACCAAGCGGCGGUAUUCCCAAUGUCACAGAUAGUGUUGGUGCUAGUAUAGCUAGCGUCGCGAUGGGAGCAGGCGAUUUGAAGAUGCCUGGUGGUAUGGGUAGUGAUCUUCAUCAUUCGGCUAUAGCAGUAGGUCCUAACAAGACCCAUGCGGCCGGAAAUUUGGGUCAUCACUUACCACCAGCAGCGACGAACGCCAAGCCGAAAGGGAAAGGCCGAGGACCUGGAAAAGCUGCGGCUGCUGCGAAUACAGCGACUAAAAGGCCGAAGGCUAACAGUAGAUCUGCCGGAAAUAAGAAGAAGAAUGCGGGUAAUCAACCGCCCCCGAUGACGUUCGAUUCGGAAGACGAGGAUAACGCUAAACCCAUGUCUUACGAUGAGAAGCGACAGCUCAGUUUGGAUAUCAAUAAACUACCUGGUGACAAAUUAGGUCGUGUCGUACACAUAAUACAGUCUCGAGAGCCUUCGUUGAGGGAUUCGAAUCCGGAUGAGAUUGAAAUCGACUUCGAGACGCUAAAACCAUCGACACUUCGUGAACUGGAGAGCUACGUUGCAUCAUGCCUGAGAAAAAAGCCACACAAAAAAGUCAGCGGUAAGUCUAAGGACGAGCAGAUGGCAGAAAAGAAACAAGAACUGGAAAAAAGGUUACAAGAUGUGACUGGGCAAUUGGGCAACGUCAAGAAGACUGCCAAGAAAGAGGACAGCAAUAAAUCUGUCGAUGUGGUCGGAACUGGUGGUGCUACUGGACCUUCGCGGCUUUCAGCGUCGAGCAGUACUAGCAGUGACAGUGAUUCGAGCAGUAGUUCUCUUUCCACAAGCUCCAGUGACUCAAGUGACAGCGAAGCAGGGAACUCCUCCAAUCGUUCACCUAGAAAGAAAGCGAAAAAGAAUCCACCAAGUACGGGACAAACAACAACAACGGUUACUACAGUUUCAUCAGCACCUACAUUGAAUCAUACCGGAGCUCUCUUAAUGAAUAGUCAACCACCAACAAAUGCUACGGGACCAAUAAUAAAGUCGACUGUAACUCAGCCGAGCAAUAUUCCUUCGGAACAAGGAGGUAAUAAUCAACCUAUCGCAGUGGCUGCUGUUACAGUAGCACAAGGUAUGCCGGUUGUGAGUCACGCGUCCAUGCCGGCGCAACCAUCGCGACCCACGGCUAUGGCUACUGCUGCUCCUGUAAAAAAACCGACGCCGCCACCGCCAGCGACGUCCAAUCCGCCGACACCGUCGGUUUCCGUGCCGACACCACCACAUAGCGUCACACCGACGAAUACGAAUUCCAUGACAGCCUCGCCAGCUGUCUCGCAGCAGCCACCGCAGCAACCACCAACGUCCAUUAGUUCCUUUUCAAGUGCGAAUACGCCCGUGUCCAUAGACGGGACGAACUUGAGUCAACAGUCCGACCUCAUGCAACCGUACAAUACUCUGGGUAUAUCCACAUCUGCGGUACCCACUACGCAGCCAUCUUUGGAUCCGUCGCUCGCGGUCAAGAAGGAGCCGCCGUUCGUUCAGGCUUCCCACGCGACCAAUAAUACCAACAAUAACAACACCAAUUUGAAUUUAUUACCAGACGUGAAGCCCGUGAACAUGAUGCCGACGAGUAUAUCUUCUAAUCUGAACCUGGGCAACAUCAGUAUGGCGAAUUUGAACAUGAACUUGUCGCAAGGACUCGCGGCGCACAUGUCCAUGCAUAAUCAGUUGGAGAGCAUGAUCAAUACCACAGCACCGUUGACCAACAUACAGAAUUCCCAUAACGUCCCGAUGUCGCAGCAGCAUUCCAACGGGUUCCCGAGUAUAAAACGCGAGACUUCGCCGCCCAACAUGCUGAACAAUAACGGUAUUCCGGGAAUGAACAUGGGAAUCAAUAUGGUGGGCAAUGUAGCUUCGAUAUUCGAGUCCAUUCCUAUGGUGGGAAGCAUCCCGAUGCAGAUUUCGCAGAUUCCCAUCAAGAAGGAGGAAAAGCCCUUGCCCAUUUCGCAGCCUCAGCUCACGCAAAAGUCCAUGGACGGAGCUUUUUUUGCAGAAAUGAACACCUUAGGAAUGCCACCGAUGGGUAACAAUCAUGCCAGUAGUCAACUCAUGCCCGAAAAGAAGAUGACUCCUCCCGAGUCGAAGACUCCUUCUGCAAAUUUUGCAACAGCCUUCAAAAAUAAGGUACUGGAAUCUAAGAGUGUAGAGCAGAAUGUGAAAAAUGCGUCAUCCUGGUCUUCCUUGGCACAAGCAUCCAGUCCGCAGUCAUCGGCAGCAGGUAGCAGUAUGAAGAGUGCCGCAACCCGAGACUCGUUCCAGGCUUUCAAGAAACAGGCCAAAGAAAAGCAGGAUAGACAAAGGGCCCUUCUGGAACAACAGGAGAUGCGUAGGCAACAACAGCAGAAGGAGCAGGCCGAACGCGAAAGAUUGCGGCAGGAGAACGAGAGGAAGAGAGAACGGGAGGAAGAGGACGCCAUGGAUAAGGCCAGGAAAAACGUCGGUGACCAACAAGGCAAUUCCAUGGCGGCCACGACGAGGGCAGAGGAAGUGAGGGCUAUCGCGGACACAGACAGCAGCAGUCCGAGUCAUUCGUCCAGCCAGGACAGGUCAGCCGCCGAGAGAGAACGUCAAAGACUACGGGAACAAGAGCGGCGACGACGCGAGGCGAUGGCUGGUCAAAUUGAUAUGAACAUGCAAAGUGACUUGAUGGCUGCGUUUGAAGAAUCUUUAUAAUGCUGUUAUUAUUUGCUGCUCGUAAUAAGUCCAUUGAAAGCAGUCGACGCGUCGAUACAUCGCAUGGAGCGUCGGAAUUUUGUAUCGGACAAUUGGACAGUGCAGUUUUGUUGUAAUAUAUAAGUAUAUGUGUGUAAUAAAUAUGUGUAAAAAUGAUAUAGCGAACUUUUUGACAAAAUUUCGAUAAUUUGAGAAACUGGACAGAUAGACAAUCGAUGUUGCGGGUUUGUACAAACGAUUGAUAUAGUUGGGACAUUCCAACAGAAAACCUGAACUCGAUUGUUCUUUGAGCUAUAUUGAUCCUCGGAACAAUCCUCGUCAUUCGUAAUCAUUAGCUAGA